CAGCACAUCCUAAUUUCCAAACCACUGCGUACACAGCCGCCGUCUCUCUCUCACUAUCUCACUUUCUCUCAACGGCUUUUUCCGGCGUAUUUCGCCGGAGAACAACCACGGCUGCAAUCGCCGGUGACUUGGAGGGCUUCGCCGGGGAGCAAUCGUAUCUACGGACGGUGGUUCGUAAGAGUUUGGUUUCGUGCAUGUUGAAACGGCGGCGUUUGGUGGUGGUGGUGAGCAAUCGGGAGAGAGUGGGGUAGGAUGUAGUUUGGUUGAUCGGGGGAGAUGGGGAGAGUGGUCGUGGGGGUGGCGGUGACGGUGGCUGUGGCGACGUGUGCGGUUGCGGCGGUGGUGGUGGGGCGGAGAGUGAAAAGCAGGAGGAAGUGGAAGAAAGUGGCGAAUGUGGUGAGGGAACUGGAGGAAGGGUGCGACACUAGGGUUGGUAGGUUGAGGCAAGUGGUGGAUGCCAUGGCCGUGGAGAUGCACGCCGGGUUGGCAUCUGAAGGUGGCUCCAAGCUCAAAAUGCUUCUCACAUUCGUCGAUAAUCUCCCAAAUGGGACAGAGAGAGGAACAUAUUAUGCACUUCAUCUCGGCGGUACAAAUUUUAGGGUUUUGCGUGUUCAAUUAAGUGGUCAACCAACUUCAGACUUGGAACAUGAAGUAGAACGACAACCCAUUCCCCAAAAUGUAAUGACCAGCACAAGCGAGGAUCUCUUUGAUUUUAUUGCAUCUUCGUUGAAGGAUUUCAUUGUCAAAGAAGGAGACGGUUCCAAUAUUUCACAGGGAAGAAGAGAACUUGGAUUUACAUUCUCCUUUCCCGUGAAGCAAAUGUCUGUUUCCUCUGGCAUUUUAAUCAAAUGGACGAAAGGUUUUUCCAUUGUAGACAUGGUAGGAAGAGAUGUUGCAGCAUGUUUGCAAGAAGCCUUGAUCCGGAAUGGCCUAGAUGUUCGGGUAGCUGCCUUGGUUAAUGACACUGUUGGAACAUUAGCAGUCGGACAUUAUCACGAUCCUGAUACUGUUGCUGCAAUUAUAAUUGGUACUGGUACAAAUGCCUGUUAUUUGGAACGAGUUGAUGCUAUUAUCAAGUGCCAAGGUCUUCUUAUGUCAUCUGGGCGCAUGGUUGUCAAUAUGGAAUGGGGGAACUUUUGGUCAUCUCACUUGCCAAGAACAUCGUAUGACAUUGAUUUGGAUGCUGCUAGCCCUAAUCCAAAUGAUCAGGGUUUUGAGAAAAUGAUAUCUGGAAUGUAUCUUGGUGAUUUAGUGAGGAGAGUCAUUCUCAGGAUGACAUUAGAGUCCGAUAUGUUUGGACCUAUCUCUCCAAAGCUUUCAAUGCCUUUCAUACUGAGGACUCCUUUGAUGGCUGCCAUGCAUGAGGAUAACUCGCCUGACUUGAGAGAAGUAGCAAGAAUCCUUAAUGAUAUAUUUGAGAUCCCUGAUGUUCCUUUGAAGGCAAGAAAAAUAGUGGUGAAGGUGUGUGAUGUGGUGACUCGUAGAGCUGCUCGAUUGGCAGCUGCUGGUAUUGUUGGAAUCUUGAAAAAGAUUGGUAGGGACGGUAGUGGUGGCAUCACAGGUGGACGGAGUAGAAGUGAUAUGAAAAUGAAAAGAACAGUGGUGGCAAUUGAAGGGGGGUUGUAUUCUAAAUAUGCAUUGUUUAGGGAGUACUUGCGUGAAGCUCUAAAUGAAAUAUUGGGAGAAGAUAUUGCCAAGCACGUUAUUCUAAAGGUCACCGAAGAUGGAUCUGGCAUUGGGUCUGCACUGCUUGCUGCCUCCUAUUCAUCCUAAACUGUCCAUAAAGGGUACACUGCCAUAAAUAUAUAUAUAAUUUGUUUAAUAUAUUUAUAUAUAUAUAUAUAUAUAUAUAUAUAUAUAUAUAUAUAUAUAUAUAUAUAUAUAGGCACACACACACGUAUAGCCAUGUAAAUCAGAAUUUGUUCUCCAUAUUUUAAAUAUCUCUGUAUAAAGGAAGGUUUCGUCUA